AUGGUCGCCAUGGGCUGGUCGGUGCUUCUGCCGCUCCUUACAUCUGCUAACGCUUUGAUAUUUGAACUGCCCUCUCACACAAAUGCCCACAAACGCGCCCAUCGUCGCUCUCUGAACUCCAAGCGAGCGGCUCCCAAUUUGCGUCCCAACUGGUCCUACCAGGGAUGCUACGCAGACGCUGCUGCUCGGACGCUCACGGGCGCGUCGUUCACCUCUGACACAAUGACAGUCGAUGCCUGCGUUGGAUUUUGUGCUGACCAGAACUAUAUGUAUGCUGGCACAGAAUACUCUCGAGAAUGCUUUUGCGGUCAUGCGAUCGAAAAUAACGCCGGUCCCGCCGGUGAAUGCUCGAUGAUGUGCAAUGGAGACGCAAGCCAAGUGUGCGGGGAUGGUUACAAGCUCUCGCUGUACAAGUAUGGCAUUGCACCACAACCUCUGGCUUCCUACAACGGCUACUCGUAUCAGGGGUGCUACACCGACACGGUGGUUGCUCGCUCACUCGCCAACCAGCUCGCGUAUAGCGGUGCUCUCACACCCGCCAAAUGUCUCGACGCCUGCAAGGCACAAGGUUACGCUUACUGCGGUUUGGAGUAUGCCCACGAGUGUUUUGGAGCGAACGUCAAUUCCGGAACCGUUGCUUCAGACGCUACGACUUGCAACAUGGCAUGCUCUGGCGAUUCCUCCGCACUAUGCGGCGGUGGAAACAGAUUGACAUUGUAUCGGACGGACUCUGCAGGCGAUACCACCACCACUACGGGCUGGUCUUCGCUUGGCUGCUACGCAGAUCUCGUAUAUUCGCGCUCUCUUCCGGUUCCUAUGGGUAUCUCUGGCUUGACCGUUGAGAAAUGCCAGACGGCUUGUCAAAGCGCCAAUUUUAUGUAUGCCGGCGUGGAAUACGGUGGUGAAUGCUACUGUGGUAACUCGAUUGGUGGAAGUGGUCCAGUAACGGAUGGUCGUUGCAACAUGAGAUGUAACGGAAACAAUGCUCAGACAUGUGGAGGUUCCAAUGGCCUCAAUAUCUACAAACUUGGAACAAUUCUCGUUGAGAGUACCUCUUCAUUCUCAGUGCCUACCUCGAUACACGCCACGAGCACGAGCACGAGCACGAGCACGAGCAGCUCCAGUUCGACGCCAUCCCCUCCAGCAUCGCAAUCUACUUCCUCCGAGUCUCUAUCGAUUCAAGAGACACGAUCCGUUUCCUCCGAGCCCACAGUUUCCUCAUCCAUCUCUAGUCAGAGUACCGUCGCUCCCACACAAUCAUCCUCGACCGAUUCGUCGGUUUCACUAGAGCAGGAAUCCAGUCAAAGCACACAAACCUCGACACAAACACCAACAAGUACUGGUCAGACGUCUACUAGCUCCAGUUCAUCCACCUACGAAUCCAGCCUAGUGACACAGUCGAGUCAAUCAACCACGUCGACAAGCUUUUCGACUCAAGAGACAGCUACAUCUACGGAGACACCUUCCGAUACCCAAAUAUCCAGCUCCACAAUCGCUAGUUCAUCCGAUUCCACCCAGGCCAGUACCUACACCGACCAAACUCUGAGCAGCGCUUCCACGGAUCGAACCUUGAGUAGUAGCACAGUCUCGACUCCUACGAGUGUUGGGAGCUCGACCUCGACCAGUGAGAGUUCAAGCAGCUCUACGGAUCAUACGCCAGUUUCGACUUCCAGUAUUGAAGGCUCGACUUCGACAAGUUCUGAAAGCUCGACUUCGAGCACCGAAAGCUCAACAUCUACCAGCGAAAGCUCCGGUUCGUCGACCGCCGUACAAUCGACGAGCUCAUCGAGCGAGUCGACCUCGGGAUCGGGCACCUCUAGCUCGGUUUCUACAAGUGUAUUUAGCACGAGCACAUCUACCCAGUCCACUCCGAGUGCAACCCCAACGGCUCCAUAUACACUUCAAACGUAUUCGCCUAGCUACUCGACAGACAAGUGGGUGUAUCAAGGAUGCUAUUCUGAUCUUCCAGCUACUCGAACCCUCGCCUUUACCGCCAAUGUUAACGGCCUGGCAUCUCCUCAAAUUUGUGCGGACACCUGCUACCGCCUGGGAUACAGUUAUGCCGCGGUGGAGUGGCAAGUGGAAUGCUAUUGCGGCAACGAAAUCCUGAACGGAGCAACCAAGCAGUCGGAAGAGGGGUGUAACAGCAUUUGCUCAGCAGACCAGUGGCUAUUCUGUGGAGGGGCGUUUAGAAUAAGCCUUUACAAGUUCGAAGGCGUCGUACCAACACCAGUUGUCAAUCCAAACAAUAAUGCCAACAAUGUUCCAGGAGUGGUCAACCCAAGCCUCACUCCGCUGACAACGGGUUUACCAGGAACCUGGUCGUAUCAAGGAUGCUGGGUCGAUAAUGCCCAAGGCCGUAUUAUGACUUAUAAUGCCAUCCUCCAAACUCCCAAUGAGCCACUCGCGUGUAUUGCGGCGUGUACGGCUGCAGGAUACACCGUUUCCGGCCAGCAAUUCGGAGUCGAGUGCUGGUGUAGUGCCAGUUUGGCAAACGGUGCGCUUCUGGUGGCAGAUUCCGAAUGUACGAUGGCUUGCCCCGGCGACAAGGACCACGGGUGCGGGAAUGGCAACCGAAUGACAGUCUACUCUGCAACCUCUCCCGUCAAAGUCUAUCAGCCUCCAAAGGCGCUCAAAACCAAUCUCCCUGGAAAGUAUCAAUAUGCGGGAUGCUACGCGCAGCCAGCAAACGCCCUACUCAUGCUCCCUUGGGAGCGUGAAAUGUCGGAUUCCGCAAUGACGGUACAGAAAUGCUUGAGCAAGUGCGCUGCAUACGGAUACGAGGCAGCUACCCUCGAACUGGGAAGUGAAUGCAAUUGUGGUGACUGGGACGAGCUCGAGUCGAGAGGAGGUGUUCCAGCCGACGAGUCAUUUUGUAUAGUUCCCUGCGGGGGAUCGCCAACAGACAUUUGCGGUGGCGUUUCAUACGCUACUGUCUAUCGCUGGGACCAAAGCUCAGAUACACCCUUGUUCAUUUUCAACAAACCGACUGGAGAUGCUGCAGGCAGAUACGAAUUCCUCAUUGGUGGCGUCGUCAUUCCGCUCAUCUCUACGCUCGGCGUAAACAACAAGAUCACAUUUGUCGAAAAGUUUGGAACAGGCGUAGCCAAUUCGACGGGCGCAUACGAGCUCGACUAUACGCUCGCAAACGACUUCGAAAAGGCGUGGCGUCCUAUGCAUGUCAAAUCGGAUGUCUUUUGCGCAGCUAGCUUUGUUUUGCCCGACAGGCUAGGUCGACAGCUCGUUGUCGGUGGAUGGUCAGCGGACAGUACCGAGGGUGUUCGCUUUUAUACUCCUGAUGGUGUAACGGGUGAUCCAAACAGCUCCAAGAAUGACUGGGAAGAAGACCAUGAGCUCAUUCGUUUACAGCAAGGCCGCUGGUACCCUGGUGGUUUGCAGCUAGUCAACGGCUCGAUCCUAAUCAUUGGAGGUGAAGAAGGGUCGGAUGGAAGGCCUAUUCCGACUAUCGAGAUUCUGCCAAAGCCUCCCGGAGGACCUACGUGGCUGUUUAUGCAAUGGCUCAAGGACUCUGACCCGUACAAUCUAUAUCCCUUCUCGGCCGUGCUCCCUUCAGGAGGGAUUCUCGUCGCGUACUCCGACGAGGCUCGCAUUCUCGACGAGAACACUUUUGAGACGAUCAGAAUCCUUCCAAAGAUUCCUGGCGUCAUGUCCAUACUCCCUCAAAGGGCGCCAUACACCGACCCGUUGGAGGUGAUUCUUUGUGGUGGUUCGGCAUUUGGUAUCGCACUCGACAACUGCGCGAGUAUUCGGCCCGAAAUCCCAGACGACCAGUGGGUUCUUGAACGCAUGCCGUCGAAGCGUGUGAUGCCCAUCAUGACUGCACUCCCCGACGGUACAUUUUUGAUUGCUGGCGGCGCUACACAGGGUGUCGGUGGAUUUGGUUUGGCCAGCAAGCCCAACCUUGGCGCUAUUCUGUACGAUCCAUCAAAGCCACGCCACCAACGCGUCAGCCAACUGGCGUCGACCAUUGUCGCCCGCAUGUAUCACAGCGAGCUUACUCUGAUGCACGACGGGCGCGUGUUGGUUUCAGGAAGUGAUCCCCAGGACAAGGUCAAUCCUCAGGAGUAUCGUAUGGAAGUUUUCACGCCGCCGUACCUUGCGUCGGGACAGGUUCAACCAUCUUUCGACGUGCCUAAUCGUGACUGGGCAUAUGGAGGGACUUACACGAUCGUGAUCACCGCCCUUACGGGCUCUAUCUCCGACCUCCGCAUCUCGCUCGUGGGUGCCAGCUCCACGACGCACGGAAACAACUUUGGUCAGCGUACAAUCUUCCCACAAUUCUCAUGCGCGGGUCUUAGAUGUUCCAUUACGGCUCCUCCAAACGGUUACGUUGCUCCCCCCUCCUGGUAUCAACUCUUUAUCCUUGACGGUCCUACGCCCUCCCAUAGCCACUGGGUUCGUAUCGGAGGCGAUCCAGGACAACUUGGAAACUGGCCAAAUAUCCCAGGAUCGACUUUCACUCUGCCGGGUAUGUCUGGUCCGCUCGGAGGCGUCUAA